AGAGCCUCAGCUGCCUGCAGACCCCCAGCAGGAGCCCCCCAGCCCCUCCCCUGCCCUCAGCACCAUCUGCCUCCUUUUCCCCUGCCUUGGUUUCUGUUUGCAGAGCCCCAGAGUCGCCCCCACCCUCUGUGUAGGGAGGAGGUGGAACAGGUUUGGCUGCAUCCUGAGCUGAGCUAACCUGAGCCCUUCUCUCCCUUAGGUGCAGCCACAUCACCACCAUGGUUCCCCCUGGGCAGAGGUAGAAGAGGCAGGAGCCACCAGGAAGGUGCUUAAAUCCCUCUCAGGCCUUUGGUUGUGCCCCUGGCAGGGGCUGCAGCUGGCCUGGGAGGAUGGAGGCGCUGCGGGGCCGGACGCUGCAGGAGCUGCAGGAGCUUGAGAAGGACCCUCAGGAGAUUGAGCACCUGGCCCUGGAGUCACAGGAGGUUCAGGAGCUGCAGCUGGAGAGGGAGAUGGCUCUGGCCUCCAACCGCAGCCUGGCCGAGCAGAACCUGACGUUCCGGGCGCCGCUGGAGUCGGGCCGUGCCGAGCUCUGCAGCAAGUACCAGGAGCUGCAGGAGCUGUCUGAGCGCUGUAAGGAGCAAAAGGCAAAGCUGGAGAAGUUUGCAGCAGCAAUGCACCCUCAGGCCCUGCUGGAGCUGCUGCAGGUAGAGAGCCAGAAGAUUGAAGAGGAGUCUGAGAGGAUGGCUGAGCAGUUCCUGGAGGGGGAGGUGCCCCUGGAGAGCUUCCUCGAGGGCUUUUCAGGGCUGAGGAGACUGUCCCACUUACGGAGGGUGCGAGUUGAGAAGCUGCAGGAGAUCCUCAGGAGAGCUGGAGCCCAGCAGGAGCCUGCCAGGGACUCUCAGCCCCUUCCUGUGCCCUCAGAGCCCCCCCAGCCCCAACCCCAGCCCCAGCCUGGCCCUCCUGCAGCUCCUCCCUUCCCCCUGCCCUACAGCCCCAGCCCAGCCAUGCCCAGCGGCCCCACUGCCCACGGGGCUCUGCCUCCCGCUCCUUUCCCUGCCCCCCUGGCACAGGGUCCCUCCUGCCAGCCCAGCCCCCAGCCCACCUUUCCCUACAAACCCCCUCCAGCUGCUGAUGCCACCCCAGGCUACCCCAGACCCCCCUCAGGGGGUUCAUCUCCUGCCCCAGGCUACUCCUGGUCCCCAUCCAGGGCCCCACCUCAGCCCCCAACCUUUCACCCCUCUCCCCCCCCACCCAGACCUGGCUACCCUCCCUACAUGCCCCCUGGGGCCCCUCAGUGCCCUUACCCAACCCAACCCCCUCUCCCCACUUUCCCCCUCCCCCCACAGGCCCCUUAUCCCCCAGGGCCACCCCAGCCCUUUGGGUACCCCCCUCCUCCAGCCCCUCAGCGUCCUGCUUGGCCUGGCUACUAACUGGGGGCUGCUGGGGAAGCACCCUCUGCUCCUGCCUCCUCUGUGCUGUGGCCUGAGGGAGAAGAGCAGGCAGAAGGCAGAGAGCUGUGCUCU